AUGGAGCCAAUUCGACCCCCACAGAAUAUUGCCAUCAUCGGUGCUGGCAUCGCUGGCAUCGCUUGUGCAUUGGCCAUAUCCCGGGAGCUUUCUCCCUUUGUACCGAACCUGAAAAUUACAGUCUACGAACGACAUGAUGUACUAUCGACUUCCGGCGGCGCUAUCAAUCUGACCCCCGUCGCCCAAAGACAUCUCGCCCAGCUCGGCGUGCUGGAUGAGUUGGACCGGAUGGGUGCCGAGGGCGGUGCCGAUGUCGACGCCAUUGAACUUUUCUCUAUGCGUUCAGGCCGCGCGAUCGGCUCCAUCAACUUCACAGACCACCAGGGAAAGGGAUUUGGUGGAUACAAGGGCCGAAGGGUCAUGCGUAUUGCUCUCUCCAUAGCCAUGUUGACCGUGGCGGAGCGGACUCGGAAUGUGGAGGUUGUCUUCGGCAAGAAAGUGAUCGAUGGAGAGGAAUUUGAGGAUAGAGCUGUCUUGCGUUUCCAGGACGGCACAGAGGCAGUGGGAGAUUUAGUCAUCGGCUGCGAUGGCGUGCACUCAGCGGUCCGGACCCAGUUUGUGGAUGUCGACCGGCCUGCUGAGUAUACGGGGCUGUCGUUUUUGCAGGCCACGAUUGACUCGGAUUCACUUUCCGCACCGGCUCACUUCCGCACAUCAUCGCUCAAUAUCUCGCGACAUGGCUCAAUGCUGGCCAGUUAUUGUGACCGUGAUUGUGAACAGAUCUUUGCUGCUGCUAUCGUUCAAUUUAGUCGGGAAGAGAUUACCCGCUAUCGACUGGAGCCUGGUCAGGAUUGGGCCACCCAGAACAGAAUUCGCUGCGACCUCCGUGCGGAGAUCAGAGACCGCUUUGGCAAAUGUGCCAUUCCCUGUAUCAAAGAAAUGAUUGAGAGUAAAGCGGACUGGAUGCUUUAUCCCGUAUUUCAAGUUCGCCCCGGGGGGCGUUGGUGCUUGAAUCGAGUUAUUUUGCUGGGCGAUGCAGCACACGCGAUGCCCCCGCGUGAUGAAUCGGCUGCGUACGCAUUGGACGACGCAAUCUUGUUUUCUCGAAUUCUAGCAAGUUAUCGUUCGGAGCCUCUGACGGAGGUUUUUGACGCAUACGAGAGUCUUCGUCGCGAUACAAUCAACCAUGCAUUCAAAGAAUCCCGUCGUAUGUGGGAGCGAAACCGCGACAUGGGGUUCUUAGAGGGCAGAGUGAAAGAGUGGAUGAUGUCUUUCCGUCUCAAAUCCGACAAAAACGCACGUGAGGCCGCAUGGGAGUUUGACGCAACUAAGAUGGCUCUCCCCACACCAGCACCCAGUGAAGACCUGGUUUCGUUGGAUUCAUUUUUGAGAGACCGUACUUUAUGA